AUGGAUAUUGGUGGCUUGACUACAGUAGUAGCAAAUUCAGCAUACAUCUCAGCCCGUGGGAGCUUUGAUGGGACGGCAAACCCAGCAGCUACCCGGGACAAGAAGUACCACUCCAGGCUCAAGCUUCCUCACAUCACGGAGUGUGAGGGUCUCAGGGAAAUACUGGACCUCCAGUUCAAGAAUAUCUGUGUAGAACAGCCCAUUGGCAAACGGCUUUUCCAGGAAUAUCUAGAGUCAUCUAAUGAGUUCAAGGCGCCCUGCUGCCUAUGGAAGAAUGUGGAGGAAUAUGACAUGGCUGAGGACAAGGAUCGCACCUAUAAGGCCUCUAAGAUCCUGCAGCGCUACAUGGAGCCUUCAGCCAAGCACUUCUGCCCCUUUCUGCCUGAAAACGACAUUACCAAGGUGAAAGAACGGCUCGAGAGUGUUUCGGAUGAUUUGUUCAUUGACAUCAUAGGCUGCGUUAUGGACUUCCUCAAAGAAGUUCCCUACACCUUUUACCUGGAAAGCAUGUAUUUCAAGAGGUUCUUACAGUGGAAGUGGCUGGAGAUGCAGCCCAUGACUGAUGACUGGUUCCUGGACUUUCGUGUGCUUGGCAAAGGGGGGUUUGGAGAGGUGUCUGCCUGCCAGAUGAAGGCCACAGGGAAACUCUACGCGUGCAAGAAACUAAAUAAAAAAAGGCUGAAGAAAAGGAAGGGUUUUGAGGGUGCCAUGGUGGAAAAAAGGAUUCUGGCUCGUGUUCACAGUAGAUUCAUCGUUACCCUGGCCUACGCCUUCCAGACCAAGACAGAGCUUUGCCUGGUCAUGACCAUCAUGAAUGGAGGAGACCUGAGGUUCCACAUCUAUAACGUAGAUGAGAAUAAUCCAGGCUUUGAUGAGCCCAGGGCAUGCUAUUAUACAGCUCAAAUCAUUCAAGGCUUGGAGCACCUUCAUCAGAAAAGAAUCAUCUACAGGGACCUGAAACCAGAGAAUGUUCUUCUUGACAAUGAAGGUAACGUACGUAUCUCUGACCUUGGUCUUGCUGUGGAGUUAAAAGAUGGCCAGGAGAAGACAAAGGGCUAUGCUGGGACUCCAGGAUUCAUGGCUCCAGAGCUUCUGAGAGGAGAAGAGUAUGACUACUCGGUAGAUUACUUUACUCUUGGAGUCACUGUCUAUGAGUUCAUUGCUGCCAAAGGUCCCUUCAGGACUCGAGGAGAGAAGGUGGAGAACAAAGAGGUGAAGAAGCGUAUCCUCAAUGACCAGGUAACCUACACAGAGAAGUUCAGUGAGAAUGCCAAGUCCAUAUGUGAGUCCUUGCUAGCCAAGCAGGUGGACAAAAGGAUGGGCUUCAAGAAUGGAAGCGCUGAUGAGCUGCGUGCUCACCCUUUCUUCCGCAGUAUCAACUGGAGGAAGCUUAAUUUAGGAAUUCUACCACCUCCAUUUGUCCCUGAUUCGAAAACUGUCUAUGCCAAGAACCUUGACGAUGUUGGUGCCUUCUCCACUGUGAAAGGGGUCAUCCUGGAAAACACAGAUAAAAAGCUUUUUGACGAGUUUGCCUCUGGAAAUAUCCCCAUACCCUGGCAGGAGGAGAUGAUUGAGAUGGGCAUCUUUGGCAAGAUGAAUGUGUGGGGUCCUGAGGGCUCAGUGCCCAGUGACCUACGGCGUGAGUCCAUUCUGGAGCAGCCACCCAAGUCUUCCACCUGUAGUGUGUCAUAA